CGAAGAUUUCGGACGGCGUUUUAAAAAGCCUGCAAAUUAAAUAUUGUAAGCAUAUGUGUGGAUUAUUUAAUAACCACAGCAAACCUCAAAUACGCUCUCCGCUCAAGGUUGUUUUCUCUUCCAAGAACCAAAUCAACAUGGAGGACCUAACUGUGGAAGUAUGCGGCGAAAACGGAGCUCUUUAUAAGGGCUAUGUUAUAGAUGUUUUCGACGAUGAGGUUCUUAUACACUUCGAAGAUGGUUGGCAGCCAGACUCAAAAUUCCCCUUUAGCCAAGUUAAAUUACCUCCAAAACCAGAUCCCAAGGUAGAAUUUACAGAGAAUAUGGAAGUAGAAGUAUAUUCUAGAGCAAAUAACCAAGAAGCCUAUGGAUGGUGGAAAUCAAGGAUAAAGAUGAUGAAGGGCGACUUCUAUGUCCUUGAGUACAUGGGUUGGGAAACAACGUACACAGAAAUAGUUAGUGUGGACCGUCUUAGAGCUAAAAACAACAAUCCUCCAAUUGAUAAAAAUAUGUUCCACAAAUUUGAAAUCGAAGUUCCUGAAGAUGUUCGUGAAUAUGCCAAGAUAGACAGUGCCCAUAAAGAGUUUCAAAAAGCAAUAUAUGCAGGAAUCAUAACCUAUAAUGCUGAAAAGGGAGUUUUGAAUGUAGUGUCUAGGUGCGAGACAAGCAGUAAGUUGGCGUCGAUGCUGCAAGACAUGCAUUUCAGAAGCCUCUCACAAAAAGUGCUCUUAUUAAAACGUACAGAAGAAGCUGCCCGUCAACUGGAGAGUACCAAAUUGGCGACAAUAGGAGGGUAUUCAGAUGAGUUCAUGGUUAGAGAAGAUUUAAUGGGUUUGGCAAUCGGAGCGCACGGUGCGAAUAUUCAACAAGCUAGAAAAGUAGAUGGAAUUACCAAUAUCGAAUUAGAGGAGAAUUCUUGCACGUUUAAAAUUUAUGGUGAGACUGAUGAGGCUGUGAAAAAGGCGCGAUCCAUGUUAGAAUAUAGCGAAGAAUCUCUCCAAGUUCCCAGGGCGUUGGUCGGCAAAGUUAUAGGCAAGAAUGGCAGGAUCAUCCAAGAAAUUGUCGACAAAAGCGGGGUGGUACGGGUUAAAAUUGAAGGUGACAAUGAGCCACAACCGACCAUUCCACGUGAAGAAGGGCAGGUACCUUUUGUUUUCGUUGGAACUGUAGAAAGUAUAUCGAAUGCGAAAGUACUUCUGCAGUAUCAUUUAGCACACCUAAAGGAAGUAGAGCAGCUUAGACAAGAAAAAUUAGAAAUAGAUCAGCAACUGCGCAGUAUCACCGGUUCAAGCUUAGGUUCAAUGCAGAGCCUCUCUAUGAGUCGCCGAAACGACCGAGGUUACAAUUCAGACAUGGACGGCAACAGUCGAUCUGGCAGAGGCGGUUCCAUGAGAGGCCGAGGCGGGCGAGGAAGAGGCGGCGGCAGAGGUGGCGGAGAUAGAUACAAUUCUGGUUCGAGACAUCAAACGCCAGAUACAACAGACGAACGCGUUCACGACUUACCGCCACGUUAUUACGGAGGACCUAGAGGUAGAGGUGGGCGCCGAGAUCUGCGGCGUGACGACAGAAGGCGCACAACAGAUGACGAGGAUACUGUCCUAGAUAGCCAAGAGGUUUCCAGUGUUGAUAGAGAGUCAGUAUCUAGCGCAGAUGUAUCGUUACCUGCUGAUGGUGGAUCCCAGCGCAGGCGCAGGCGUCGUGGAAGACAGCAUAGCCGUACCCCCUCCCAAUCGAUGACCCGCGAACCAGUAAACAACCACCACGGCGCUGCAGGAAUCAACGAUGCUUCACAUAACGACAACGGCCAUCACGACAACAUAUCGAAGCCUCGUGACACCAAGAACCGCUCCAACAGACCUCCCCAGACGCGCAGGAACGAUCCCAAACCCAAGGAAACGUUGGUGAACGGUACCGCCACGUAGAGCCCAACAUCGCAUGUCUUGAAGUUUGUGCGCUAUCGUCUAUUCUCGGUAGAACGAACUCUUAGGUUUAAUGCACUGUGAGGUUUUCUUGGAUUAUUCCUAAUAGAGGGUGAUACUGCGCUUAUAUAUUUUUAAGGCGGAGGAAAUUUAGGCAGUUACUUUUUGACGAAAAGGUCUAGAUGUAAUUUUUGAAAUUAUUAAAGUGAAAAAGUACUUAAAUAAGUUACUUAAGUAUUGUAUGAAAGAUUUUAAGGAUGAAAUAAAGUGUUUUGAAGGUUUAUUGGGUGAUUUAGUCAUACUGGUAUUUUAAAUACUGUAAUUAUCUUUAGAAAUUUUAUAUCCUGUUGUUUCUGUUUAUCAAGUUUAAUAUUUUUUUCUAUUUGAUUCGUUUUUAUCGUGUUUUCUGCCACAUUCUAUAUUUCGUAGUUAUUCCACUUUGUUUUUAUGUAAAAACAAUUUGUUUUCUAUUUAUAAUUCUUCUGUCCUUAUUGUAACUCUAAGACUUUGAGUUAACAUGUUCACUUCAUUUUUGUGUCAACUCUUUCUUCCCAUUUUAUUUCCAUAUAUUAUUUUUCUCUUGCACUGCUUUAAUGUAAGUAUUUAAAAUAUUUUUAAAAUAGUAACCCCGUUAUGGGUUUGUUUUCGUUUUCAUUGGCCUUUUCCUUAUUUCUCCUGUUUACCAUCUUUUUGUUGUAUCACUUUAGUAUCUUCUGGUUUUUAUGACGAUUUCGCCUAGUGGGCCAAGCAUUUUUAGCAAAUGUAUUUUAGAUAUUAAUAGACGUUGCGUAAUUUUCCACCGGAUAUCCAGCCAUCUUAAGUAUUUUUAAGACUUUGGGCACUAUGAGGAAUAGGCACAUACCACAAGUCAUUUUGCCCUUUGGGCUUUGUAUAUUAUGUCGUAUUUUGAAGAGAAUUUCCACUAUCUCCUCUUGGAAAUUAAGGAAUUUUUGGAGUUUGACAAGAAUUGUACAGAGCAAUAUUCACAUAUCGCUAAAAUGCAUAAAUCUAAACUAUUAUGAGAUAUUUUUUUUGAUCUUUUUAGAAUAAAAAAAAUGUUUUCAAUAUCGUAGUGGUAAAUAUUGACAAAAGUCAAGAAUAACCAACAUUUUUCACUUUAUAAAUUAUGACCAACAAAUCUAUUUCUUGUGAUAUUUAAACCUGCUUUGUUGGUCUAAAGAUUUUUGUGUAUAAUCAAUAUUUUUCACUGUUAUAUUAUGAUUAAUUCUUCGUUCAUUCGAGGAUGGUUUGAAGGCAUUCAUUGGCCUAUUUUCCAGAAUUUUUCGUUUAAUUUAACAUUAAUUGUAAUAUUCGAUCAAACUAUGAACCAUUUUAUGGUUGAAAAUGACCAUACUUUAUUGUUUUGUAGGAGUAGUAGAGUAGAGUAUUUCAAGGCAAGAAGCUUUCCUUUUCUUGAUUUUUGCGAUUAUUCUUGGAUGUUUCUGGAUAUUAUUUUAGGUAAACUAUUUUUGGAAUAAUUUGAAUUAUUUGUUCUUUUAACGACUGCCUAAUAGAAGAGCUAAAUAAUACAUGGGUGAUUAAACCAUCCAUUUUUUUUUGUUUUUCUUUUUAGUACAACAGAAUAAAGCGACAAAAUCCCUUAUGUCUGCUCAUAAAGUUCCUAAUUUCUUAAUAAUUUUAACAUUCAGCAUGUAUGUUUUACUAUUAAAACAGGAGAUGUGCAGGAUAUUAAUUUCAGUCUGAGAAAAGACAUAGAGGUACUCUAAAUGAUGAUUUACAGUGUUUUCCUCAAAGCACUUUAUCCAGUACGAAAUUGUUGUUGCCUAAUAAUAAGUCUUUAAGAUCAUAUAAAAGUAAAUGAUAUUACACCUCUGCAGAAAACCUUACAGUGGUUAAAACUUUAAUAUUUGCGCUACCGUUUACAGAAUAAGAACAUUAUUUAGUUUUCGUUAUUGUUAAUUUUUGUGUUGCAUAUCUUUUCCCGGUGUAGUCAUGAAAUAAUAUUAAAAUAGUGGGUGGUCUGCUACCCCACCUCGGAUGAGACCUUGAAAGACUGCUUGGUUCUGUGAACCAUCACACUAAGUUCGCUGCUAGAAGACUGUGAGUGUGAUUGACUUUUAGUACAUAUAACCUGGAAGAUUUGUGACAACUUUUCUAAUUUUUCAUACAUUGAUGUUACUCUCCCUAUUUGCGCACACGAUAAGAUUUGUUAUCGGUAGGUACUUUGCUAGGGGGCAUCAAUAAGAUAAGAAGCAACUUCGGUGAAAUGAUGGUAAUAUACAUAUAUAUGAAAUUAUAUUUUACUAUAAUGUCCGCCUUUCUGUGGAAGGGCUUUUGCGAGUCUAUAGAUAAGUGGCUAAUAUCUCUACUUCUUUUAUGUACACUAUUUAUACUCUUGUAUUAUUUUACCAGAAACUAAGAAGCUAUUCGAGGACCAGUAUUAAUGAAACCUGAAAAUUUCUGGUUUACCUAAAUACAUAACUGUGACAAGAUUUAUUAGAAGUACAUCAAGUUUUCUAGGUCACGGAUAUUUUACUUUAGGCACGCAUAUCCUAAAUACACAUUUUAACUAACAAACCUGGAUAAUUUUAGAAGAGUGGAAUUAUUUUUGUUCAAAGGAUCGAUUGGAACAGUGUUUUGCGGUUACGAGCUCAAGAAGUACUACCAAAAACAGAAGCCUUAAAGUGUACAGUGGUUCCAAAGGUUCUGUUGUAAUAUCUAAAGCCUUUUUCCGGAAUUGGUUGUUCCGUUGUUGAUAAUUUUCGGUAAACUUCCAACUUUGAAAGUGAGAGGUUCUCGAGUUAAUAAAAAAAGCACGGGUCAUGAACUUAUUGCUUAGUUACCUAUUUCAGAAUAAGAUAAUUCUUUUAAAAGGCAACUUUUGUAAAAGAGACAUAAAAUGUUGCUUUUGAGAAUGUCCACUAUCACCUUUCUCUUUUUGAAGUUCUCGCUCAUUUAAAAUAGUGGUACAUUAACUAUCAAAAAUCGAAAGAAGAUAUCUGAACAACUUAAAAGUGACAUUUUAACUAUUUGCUUAUAUCAUUGAGUUUAAGAUUGUUUUUAAAAUAACUGCCUUGGUGACCUUAUGGUUUUUUAUUAUCUCUGGAGUUGCUAUCUAGCAAAACACAUACCUUGCGUUAAAUGACACCUUUUAUUGUAAAUCUGGAAACAUAGACAAAUAUAGAGUUCGCUUUAUAAUAAUUUAUGGUGCAUCACCAACGAAAUAUUAAAAAAAAAGUCGUAAAGAUCAACAGACGAGAUAAGGGUAUACUUCUCGUACAUUAAACAGUAUUAUAAAACUUCUCAAAUCCCUAGAUAUUGUUUUUAUAGGAUCUUUGAUUUACAAAAAAUACAUUAUUAUCAUCAUUUCACCGAUUUGCCUUCAAGCUGUGCCCUAACCAUAUAUAUAUUUUCGUUCUAUGACGAAACUGUAAUGACCUUCUACCUGUCGAAUAUUAUUUGCCAUGGGUUAACUAAAUAUUUCUGUGACAAUUAUGUAUUUAUAUAUUUUAUUUAUUAUUUUUUAUUUUGUUUCUUGGUAGUUUGUAGCACUGUAAAAUACUUACAGGUUGUUCUUUUCUUUUGUAAUAUUUAAGUGUAACAAUGUAAAUACACGUCCUGAUUUUUUUGUAGAUUUUAUGGCGUUUUGAUCAUUUGCUCAUGUUAUUUUCAAAUUACACCAAUAUGUUUAUCUGCUGUGUAUUAACAACACAUUUUGCAUCAAUAAAAUGAGUCAAAAAUCA